AUGACUUACGACGAUGAAGAUCAGCGAGCGGCAGAUCAAGCACUUUACUGCGUUCCUGCUGACAAUCAGGAAUCCUCGAGCCUCUGUGCCAGCAGCGAAGAUUGGGGAGACGUGCACACCCCUCAUUCUUCGUCCACUUCCAACCUUGCUCAUCAGUGGCCGCCAGCACUGCUGACUGAUCAGGAAUUUUCCCGUGUUCCUGCUGGCAAUCCGGGAUUUUCGAGCUGCUGUGCCAGCAGCGUGGACUGGGGAGACGUGCACACCCCUCGUUCCUCCAUAACUUACGAGGAAGAAUAUCAGCGAGCGGCAGAUCAGGCACUUUACUGCGCUCCUGCUGGCAAUCCGGGAUUUUCGAGCCUCUGUGCCAGCAGCGGGGACUGGGGAGACGUGCACGCUCUUCAUGCCUUCCCAACUUCCAACCUUCACGAUCAGCGGGUGACCGCACUCCAGAUUCAUCCCGAGGUUUACUACGUGCCUGCUGGAAAUGCGGGAUCCUUGGUCCUCUAUGACGGCAGCGAAGACCGGGGAGAUAUGUACACCGUUCAUUCCCUCUCAACUUGCAAGCUUGGGGAUCAGGAAGUAGUGAGCGUCCAGACUGAUCAGGAGGUGGCAUUCUACUCUGCUCCUGCUGGCAAUCAGGGACCCACGAGCUCGGUCUACACGGGCUCUGGCCAUCCACAUCAGUGGCCCUAG